CUCUGAUAUGUUAUAUCACAUACAGUAUAAAGCAUGCCUAAAAUCCUUCAGGUGUUGAGAGACUAAUAAUUCUGUUUCGAUAUGAUGUGUCACUUAACUUCCUUCAGUUCUUGCCUCCAGCACGCAGUGAAAGAGAAUCGAGUCUUUAUAAAUAUAGCCACAUCAUCACGCACUUCAUACAUGAUUCACAAAUCUCCUCACACAUGACAAGAGCCUUGAAACACACGUCCAAAAAGAGUUGAGUGUCACCAGACAUGAGAAACAGCUAGGACGGUGUGUCCUCUUUUUCCAAUUCAUAAAUCCUUUUGCCAUACACCGACUGUGCUGUUAUGAACCACGAGCCAUUGAGGAUUUCACUCAUCCGAUAUGUGCCGCAGAUAAUAUCGGAAACGACUGGAUGUUUAUCUUCUUAUUUGGAUGGAAAUGACCUAGACCACCGAGAUGUCAGUCAUUCAGCAUCUGAUUAAAGUGUGCGCGCGCCUUUCACUCUCCAAAAUAAAAGCUUUCAGGUUCACAACACAAUGCCUCAGAACACAGAACAUAUUAGGAAUCAUAAGUGAAACUGUGAAUGGCUCACAGCCAUAAUAAAGAAAAGCAUGUACUGGAUUUUAAUGGGUAUACUGUAAUGGUUAUUGUAGCCUACUGGUUUUAAUGGGAACUAUAAUCGUGUCUGUAUCUGGCCGAUAGGAACACAAGAUCAUUCUGUAAUGGUUUUAAUGGUUUAUAUUUGUACCAGGCACCGGUCAGAUCUCUCUAGAUGUUGUCAUCUCGCUGUCUGACGGGGUCUGUGAUUGAACUUUGUUUUCCUGAAUGAACUCGUGCUCGCGCGCGUGCUAUUAAUAGCACCGGCCCGCUGACGUCACAAUGGCCGCGCGCCCAUCUCGGCUCGCGACUGAUGAUGAUGCUGAUGUGAUGAGUCUCUCUCGCGAACAGCACGGACACGCUUCCUCUCCGCUCGGGGAUCGGUUUUAGGGAAUCCGGGACGCGGGAGAUGAACCUGCAGCUUCACUACAGCUACAGACGAGACAGAGUUUCUUUAUAACAACACAGAAACACUGCAGUGACUGUACACACGCGCGCGCGCUCACGCGCAUCCGAAGACACGGGUGCUGGAGUUUAGCAUGGACUACGAAAGACCCAACGUAGAGACCAUCAAGUGUGUUGUUGUCGGAGAUAAUGCGGUGGGGAAGACUCGUCUUAUAUGUGCCCGCGCCUGCAACACCACCCUGACCCAAUACCAGCUGCUGGCCACUCAUGUACCCACCGUCUGGGCCAUCGAUCAGUACAGAGUCUGUCAAGAGGUUUUAGAACGUUCCAGAGAUGUGGUGGACGACGUAAGCGUGUCCCUCCGGCUAUGGGACACCUUUGGAGACCAUCACAAAGACAGACGCUUCGCCUACGGGAGGUCUGACGUUGUGGUGCUCUGCUUUUCCAUCGCCAAUCCAAACUCCCUACACCACGUUAAAACCAUGUGGAACAUGGAAAUCAAGCACUUCUGUCCACGGACACCUGUCAUCUUGGUGGGUUGCCAGCUGGACCUGCGCUACGCUGAUCUGGAGGCAGUCAAUCGAGCUCGCCGACCAUUAUCAAGACCCAUUAAACCUGGAGAUAUUUUGCCUCCAGAGAGCGGAAGAGAGGUAGCAAAGGAGCUUGGAAUCCCAUAUUACGAGACAAGCGUCUUCGACCAGUUUGGCAUCAAGGAUAUCUUCGACAACGCCAUCCGAGCAGCCCUCAUCUCCAGACGUCACCUGCAAUUCUGGAAGUCCCAUCUGAGGAGGGUCCAGAAGCCACUGCUGCAAGCACCAUUUCUGCCCCCCAAAUCCCCUCCACCGCUCAUUAAGAUCCCCGAGUGCCCGGCCAGAAACCGAGAUGGCCCGAGGCAGCUGCUGGAGACCCCUCUGUGCGCUGACGUCAUGUUCGUCGUUCAGGAACACAUCCACUUGUUUGCUCAUAGGAUCUACCUGUCUACCUCAUCCUCCAAAUUCUUCGACCUUUUUCAAAUGGACUUCUCCGAUGAGUCCCAGUGCUUGGUGGUAACCGAGCGCCACGGACGGGAUCAACUCAUGCGCACCCUUAGCCUGGACACGGAAGAGGUCGUGGCGGUUCUGCCCAACCUUUCGCCUUGCUCGCUCAGGACGUCCAAGAGUGAUGGGACCCUCAAGAUGAUGAGUCUCAGUGGGACGCACCGGCGCACCAGACUGUCCCUGGCCUACUGGAGCAAGGCUUUCUACAGCAUCCACAAAGAGAGCGUGAUCAACCCGGUCACGGGUUCGCCGGCCCUCAUGACCGUGGUGAAGAUGGAUCACUCCAUCCAGCACGGACCCUUCAGUGCCGUCCUGCGCUUCCUCUACACGGGGGAGCUGGAUGAGAAGGAGAAGGACCUGAUGAAGAUCGCCCAGAUUGCAGAGAUCCUGGAGGUGUUUGACCUUAGGAUGAUGGUGGAGAACAUCACCAACAACGAAGCCUUCAUGAAUCAGGAGAUCACCAAGGCGUUCCAUGUGAGAAAGGCCAAUCGAAUCAAAGAGUGUCUCGCCAAGAAUAAUUUCACAGAUGUGGUGUUCAGGUUGGAUGAUGGGACUAUUAACGCUCACAAGCCUCUGCUGAUCUCCAGCUGUGAUUGGAUGGCUGCUUUAUUUGGCGGCUCUUUCAUGGAGAGCGCGAACGACGAGGUGUCAUUCCCUAACACCAGCAGGGUGUGUAUGCAGGCUGUGCUGGAGUAUCUCUACACCAAUCAGCUGUCGCCCAUGGCAGACCUGGACCCGAUGGAGCUCAUCGCCCUGGCCAACAGACUGUGCCUUCCUCGCCUCAUCGCCCUGACAGAGCAGUACGCCGUGAGCGACUUCGUAAAAGCAUCUAAAGAAGGUCAGGAUACAGAUGGAGAGGUACUAAACUAUCUGGAGCUCGCUCAGUUUCAUAACGCCAGUCAGCUGGCGGCGUGGUGCUUACAUCACAUCUGCACCCAUUACAACAGAAUAUGUGCCAACUACCGCAAAGAGAUCAAGUCCAAAUCAGCCGAGAACCAGCUGUAUUUUGAGAAGAGCCGCUGGCCUCCGGUGUGGUAUCUGAAAGAGGAGGAUCACUAUCAGAGAGUGAAGAAAGAGAGAGAGAAGGAGGACAUUGUGUUGAAGAAGCAUCACUCGCGACGUCGAUGGUGCUUCUGGAGCUCAUCUCCCGCUGUAGCUUGAGUCCUUUCAACAUGAGCCUCAGUCUGUCUGUCUGUCUGUCUGUCUGUUUCUCUCUCUGUCUCUCUCUCUCUCUCUCUCUCUCUCUCUCUUUUUGAUGAAGUUGGCCACAUCAGAUGGCUUUCGAGCACAAUAUCGCUGUCCAAUCAGUAAAUGUCAUGCAGUUGUCACCACCGCUGGAGGUGAUGUCAUAAGCCAGUUGCUCAUCUAAUAUUUCUCUCAGUGUUCGAUGUGAUUCUAACCAGCCGUGCCACGACAAACGAUCAAAUGUCAAAUCUUUUACACGUUACACUGAGAUUCUGUCGUAACCCGGCAGUGACCGGGACGGGCGGCCUCGUGUGCUGUGUCAGGUCACGGCGUUAGCAAGCGUAAAAAUCUUACAGCAGUAAUAGGAUUUGGAAAUCUGGUAAAUGUCUUUAUUUAUUCACUUAGGUGCUAUAUAUACUGUAUAUAUAUAUAUAUAUAUUUGUGUUCCUACGAAUUAUAAACUGUUCAAUGAGCUUAUCCAAAUGGACGAUGCUUUACUAUGACACUAAAUCCGAGCACAUUGAUUUACUAAAAUCAUGUCAUUGUGCAGUUCUGUGCUCAGACAAAUAUUGGGCGCCGAGUCAGACCCGUGUUUGAAGAACUGGCCAAAAACAAACAGCACUUGAGCUUUGGGUUCACUGUAGUCUGGAAUCUGAUGUUGUGAUGUGUUUCUAAGAGCUCACCACAGGAACACAAGAACCGGCUCCUUCACGUUACGCAGUGCUUUAUGAACUCUGUAAAUCAUCACAAUAAUAAUCAGCAUCAUUUGCUUGACUUGUGUUUGUGACACCAGACGUAUGCUCUGGUCAAGCUCAGGCCCUUACAGUCAACUUGAUUUAUUACAACUAGAUUGUUCACAUAACAGCAACAAAAUGACCAGGAAAUAAAUGAAGAUCAGCUUAGCUGAGGAAAUAACCGUUUGAACGAGAUUAUUUGCACAUUUCAACCCUUUUCUGAUUAAAACAGUGCAAAUAAUGCCGUAAAACAUCACAGAAUUCAUCAAAUGGCAUCUAAAGAUGAUGACGAAACAAUCAAAAUAUGAACAUAACUAACAAUAAAAAAGAACAUGUGUUUAAACAUUAGAAAACUUUUACAGUUUCAAAGACCGAGAAUGUUUUUCAAAUGUACACGAUUGUGACUUAUGAUGAAGACUUCCAUCUGAAUUCAUAUUGGUUCAAUAUAUUAAGGCAUACAACAAGAUGUACAUGUGCUGCCUGGCUGGAAUGACUUGGUUCUGUCCGAAUGAAUCCAGCAGAUUUCACAGGAGUGAAGACACGAGAACAUGACGUGACAUUAGCGCUCCUCUCGCUACCCUCAACCGCGACUUCCACUUUAUCUCUCUCUCGACUCUUCCAUGUGUUGUGGUGUAGUGUCAAUCAUUACUAGCAAACAACACAUUGACUUUAUAUUAGAAGGGCUUAUAGCACCAUGGCUUAGUUCAGGGUAGACAAACAUAAAUAAGAGGUACAAAAUGUAAUCACUUCUCAUGUAGUACAUAUUAUACAUUCACUCCACCAUUGUUGUGCUAGAAGUUACAUAUGUACUGUAGUGGAUUGUAACUUUAUUUACACAUCAAAUAUGGUCGUAGUGGUGAAAGAUGUGACGAUUUCAUCAACUGUGUCCUGUAAUGGAAAUGUCUGUAAAUGUUUCACGCUAGGAUCAAGAAUGUUCUGCAGUCUCUGAGAAUGUGAGGAUUUUUCCUUCACCAAACACUGCGUUGGUGUCAAUGUAUCUUAAAUGAGACCUAAUGUACGGUUAACUGCCUAUUAAUAAAGAGGGAAUAUUCAUACUUGAAGAAAAAUCAUAGUGUUUAGUCAUUAGUAAUGUAGAUCGAUCUUUAGUUGACCAAAGCAAUAUGUAGAUGAUGGCACUCGUAUGUCAGUGGUUUUGGUGAAAUUGUUGUUAGCUGCUACAAACCAAAUGGCUGGUUCAUUUGGUGUCUGCUGUUUAAAUGCCUUUGAUCUUGCUGGUCAUUAUCUUUAAUGUUGUUUCUUUGUUUAUUUAUGUAUUUCAUUUAUUGGUUUUUUUUAAAUGAAAAAUUGUUGAAUAAAUUAUUGAUUUUACU